AUGGCAACUCGGCAAGCGAAAGCGCGAACCUCCGAGCCUCUGAAAAGCUUGAGACAAUGGGAACAACCCCCAACGACGGUUACAGAGCCUCUGGUAAUCUACAGCCUGCGCGAUUACUGCAGCCUUCCUUGGAACGAAUCUUGGCUGCCGGGCCAGCCGCCAGCCACACCCGCGCGCGAUACACGAAGCACUGCCAACGGUUCCCACGGACAUGAUAUCCGUCUUGGAGUGGUGCUUGUGGGACUGGAAUGCGGCCCAGGAUUCAAAUGCCGAUCUACAGUACUCUGGCUGGCGCUUUCCCGAAUACCAGAAUGCACGCGUAAUCAGACCACUCUCGCGUGCCAGAGUGGCUCCAGCGCACAUGAGUCGAGAUCGUGGGGAUUGUGGAGUAGGCUGGCAGGAAUCCUUCGACGCGAGGUGGAGACGAUCGUCGUUGGGGUUGCGUGGCCCGCUGAUUCAAAGCCCACGGGCGAUGGGUCAAAUACCGAUGGAGAGGUGUUUUGUUCCAGACGGAAUAAACUGUACCGUCGGCUUCUGAGCAGCGUCAUUGCCAAGCAGCGAGGUCAGAAUGGCUGCAAACGGAUGCGUCCAAGACAUGUCGACGGAGAGAUGGACCACAAGUAG